AUGGGAGAAGAGAGGUUUGUUCAUCGCCUCUCUCAGGAACAGAAGGAUCCGAGCUUUGCAUCGGAGCUGAUUCAUCCGUCAGCUGUGAAUCUCCUGUGCAGAGCUUGGAGCAAUCAACUGGCAAAUUUGAGAGGGUCGGAGAGGAAUUGGAAGAUACUCAGAUCCCCAGAAUUCACCUCCCGUCCCCCGAUUACCUCUCCCUUCCUUCUCUCCAUCCCCGCCGCUGCUUCCGCCUUCUUCUACGCCGUCGCCGUCGCCGUCACCUACGACAUCGUCUUUCUUCCUCGAGAUGGCGAUGAUUACGAAUGGCGAGGAGAAGGGGGAAUGGCGGCGAGGGAGCUGGAGGAGAUGGCGGCGUUCGAUGAGAGGCGGCGGGGAGGAGAGGAGAGCGAAAGCGGCAAGGAAGAGGCGGACAAAGCCGAGAUGGGUUUUCAUUUUUUAUUUUUGUAA